AUGAGGCGGCAGAUUACAGCCGGGUCCUUCAUUUCCGUGGAGAAGGAGACGUUUCGAAACUACCUUUUGGACGCUGGCGGCCGGGGAGGGAUCUGCGCCGUUGGAGAGGAGCGCGUCGUAAACGACGUUGGUGCUCGCAGGAGUGCUGCUGGUGCUGGUGGUGCUGGUGUUACCAGUGGCGAUGGGGAAUGUAUUGUACCUGCAUGCUUCCGUAUGAUGGGUAUGGCCGCGUUGGGUGGAAGGGGAUCCAUUGUAUUGGCUUUACCUGCUUGUUUGUGGAACGGUGGCUGCGCGUGGGUGGGAGAUGAUUACAGGAGGUAG